AUGGUUUUCGUGCCCCGCGCCGCUGCCGACGUGCCAACAACCUGCUACAUCCUGAACGGUAAAGUUACCACUGGUGCCUUCAGGUGCAACAAUGCAACCACAGGCCACAGCUCCUGCUGUGGAGCGGGAGGUGUUUGUUACUCGAACGGCGUUUGCCAGGAGUCCAACAGCGGUGUACAAGACUAUCUAAGAGUAGGAUGUACAGACAAGACAUGGCGCGACCCGGCAUGUUUAGAUCAAUGCAGAAACUUUGCACCUGAUUCAAGUGCUGGAAUCCGCUUCUGCAACGGCGCAAUAACAACAACCAAUCAAUACUGCUGCGACAAUGGCACCACUGGCGGUAUUGGUAGUACCGCAUGCUGCGAUGAUCAAGCUCAAAUAUUCCAAAUCAACCCUGUUGCCACGCUCAUCGGGCAAAUACCACUGACCGCGGUCACUUCCACAUCAACAUCAUCCACAUCAGCUUCCUCUACAUCAAGUACCUCCACAUCGAGUGCAUCUACAUCUAUCACAUCUACAUCUACAUCCACUACCCCUACACCGGCUGCCUCCACAUCGAGCAGCAACCGCAGCGCCGUAAUAAUAGGAGCUAGCGUUGGCGUCCCCCUCGGCGUCCUCGCUGUGGUCUUCAUUGCGUUCUUCUAUUGGCGCUGGCGUCGGAACCAGAAGGCAACAGCUGCGCAGCAGAUACCCGCGUCCGCAGCGCAGGCUAGCAACGGCAACGGAAUGACGGACAUAAAAUACGAGCCGGUAAUGCAUGCAAAGCAUUAUUCACAACAACCGUGGAAUGAGAGGCACGAGUUAGCUAGUACUAGUACUUCCAAUGAGCAACGAGUAAUCCAUGAGAUGGAUACUGGGGAAUCGAGGCAAUAG